AAAAAGCCCACAUCGCCUGAUUUUGUGUGUCCUGGAGUUGGAGAUAGCUCACUCUGUCUCUGAUGUGUACCCUUCAGCUUUGUCCGGCCCUGGCCUGGUGCGCAUGGUGACAGUCUGUGCUGAUUCCAUCACAAAGCACCUCGACAGGUUGGAGGAGGUCCGCGAUGAGAUGGGCUACGUGGACGUGCUGACCCUGAUGCGGCGCAUCAUGCUGGACACCUCUAACAUGCUCUUCCUGGGGAUCCCCCUGGACGAAAGUGCCAUCGUGGCUAAAAUCCAGGGUUAUUUUGAUGCGUGGCAAGCUCUCCUUCUCAAACCAGACAUCUUCUUUAAGUUUUCUUGGUUACACAGGAAGUAUGAAAAGUCUGUCAAGGAUUUGAAAGAUGCUAUGGAAAUUCUGAUAGAAGAAAAAAGACACAGGAUUUCCACAGCAGAGAAACUGGAAGACUGCAUGGAUUUCGCCACUGAAUUGAUUUUUGCCGAGAGACGUGGUGACCUGACAAAAGAGAAUGUGAACCAGUGCAUAUUGGAAAUGCUGAUCGCAGCACCGGACACCAUGUCUGUCUCUGUAUUCUUCAUGCUGUUUCUCAUUGCAAAGCAUCCCCAGGUUGAAGAGGCAGUAAUGAAGGAAAUCCAGACUGUUGUUGGUGAAAGAGACAUGAGGAUUGAUGAUAUGCAAAAACUGAAAGUGGUUGAAAACUUUAUUUAUGAGAGCAUGAGGUACCAGCCUGUUGUGGACCUGGUCAUGCGCAAAGCCUUAGAGGAUGAUGUCAUCGAUGGCUACCCGGUGAAAAAGGGGACCAACAUUAUCCUGAAUAUUGGAAGAAUGCAUAGACUCGAGUUUUUCCCCAAGCCCAAUGAAUUUACUCUGGAAAACUUUGCCAAGAAUGUUCCGUACAGGUACUUUCAGCCAUUUGGCUUUGGGCCCCGGGCCUGUGCGGGGAAGUACAUCGCCAUGGUGAUGAUGAAAGUCACCCUGGUCACGCUUCUGAAACGCUUCCGUGUGGAGACAUUGCAAGGCCACUGUGUUGAAAAGAUACAAAAGAAAAAUGACUUAUCCUUGCACCCAGAUGAGACCUGCAAGACCAGGGACCUACUGGAAAUGAUUUUCAUCCCAAGAAAUUCAGACAAGUCCCUCGAGCACUAAAGAAUGUUGAUCAAUGCCUGCCCUGGAACAUUGCUCAACAGUAUUCCACAUGGAAACCACCAUCUUUACCAAGAGGUCCUCCUCACACGAACAUUUCAUAGUGUAUUAUAGGCUUAUCUCCUAUGAGUUGUCAGCAAGGAGAUACUACUCUUCUGAGCUUAUCUACACCAGAAACCAGACUGCAAGAGAAAACAUGGAGGCCAAGACUUUGUGCAAGAAGCUGCAGCCUUAAAGACCCAAUUCCACAAAAUGUGCUUUGGAAAAGACCCAGCAGCAGAACUAUGACCUCCUCCCCGUGGUUUCUCCACUGCCCUGCCCUGAGAUGGGAGUUUCUCAUUGUGUGGGUAGAAGCACUCAUGCUGAUUAGAAGAGCCAGGCUGGAAUCUGGGUACCUCGGAUCAAACACACUUGUUAGUGUGAAUAAGGGGUUCUGAUUUGGUUUUCGGCAGGGCUGGGGACUGUAACAUCCAUCCUUUGAGAAAUUCUUACAAACCCAGCAUUUGACUUUUCCUAUGGAUCUGUUCAAUUAUCUCUUGUUUACUCACAUGGGAUUUGUCUGUGGCAAAAGUUAAAUCGAAGACUAUCCUUUCCCAAUCUCUCUAUUCCUCAGCUACUUGCUUCUGAUACAAAAGGUAUAGAUUCAGGUAAUCCAAGGUAAUUUAGUAACAGCCAAAGUAAAAUACAAUUAGGACCAUGUAUCUGCUGUAGGAAGAAAAUUCACACAAUGCAUUUUAAAUUCAAAUAAAAUUCCUUUUUUCAUGUUUGCAUUGUUGCUUAGCUCCAGGAAUGCGCUAACCAAGAGAUAACUUUAGGUGAUAGCAUCUUAGCAUCUAGUAACUCUUGCCGCAGCUCCAGCGAAUUGAGGGGAGGGGAAGUCCUCUGAAUCUAUAUCUGAUUCUACAACCUAGUGGUUUAGAACGUCUAAGGACUGCUCCUCCUGUUCCAUUAUCCUUCUCCCUCCUUCCCAUUUGCCCCUCUUUCUUUCCAUGACCUCAAGAGCAACAGAUUAGUAGACAACGUGGCUAGGGUAGAACUCCUGCAAUCACUUUUUAUCCUAC